UAAUUUACCGUAGUCAUUCACACGUAUGCAUCGUGUUUUAGCUGUGAAUAUACCGGUUAUUAGAUAUAUCUGUGAAUAAUUAUAUAACAUAUCAACGUGUCUUAAAUUCGUUAAUAUUUUUUUAAUCUUUGGUGUCGUGGGCUCUUUCUGUCUGUUCUAUUAUCUCUCUUAUUUGGAAAUUGCUUUAGCCUUGAUUCUUUAUCAAGGCCACGAAGUCAAAUGCGAAGUUUCGAUAAAAAAGAAGCAAUGCCAGAAAUAACGUACCUCUCAGCGAGUAAUUCGCCUAUUCUUUACGCUCUGGCGGGGACCAGCAAGGAGGAUAAUCCUUCUGGUUCCUCGAUAACAGUAAAUUUUAAACAAUGUGUAAGGCAUAAGCUUCAGUAUUCACAAUUGCCUAUAAAAUGUCAACGAACGAGCCCAUAUCAUCGAUCUGUCCGUAAUCCGUUUAAAUUAAUCGGAUUAAGUGCAAUAAAUCAUAGUAACGUCUCCAUUGCUACAAUUAAAAGUUGCCCAGAUAAUAAUCACUCAAAUUCGGCCUGUUCUUCACCAAUUUUGCGUGCUAUCAGUUCGUCACAUUGUAGAAAGAGCUUAUCCAUGACCGAUCUUUCACUCGCAGCUAUUGAUCCAGAUAUAGCUAAUUUCAGAUCAGAGAGUAAUUCGUCGCUAGGACAUCGAGAAGAUUUAGGAGAACGUAGCAAGGACAUCGUAGGAAUUAAUAAAAGUGUCCUAGGAAUCGGACAUCGAACGUGGACAAAGAAUUUCUUGUCUGCUAACAUAGAAGAGGGUGGUAACAGUCUUUCACAGAAUCCAGAAAAAGCCGCGAGUAUUCUUUGUCAUGUAUUGAUACUGAACGCUUGGAGACGCAGACGAGCAGACGUCGGCCACUUACAGAAAACUAUCGAAGAACUAGCACGGCAAAUCGAGCAUUUACGCUUACAGAUCGUUGUUCUCCGUCGUUUGCUUGAGACGGAAAAUGGCCGUGUUAAUAAAUUGAAUUGGGAGGCACAGCGUAUGAAAACUCAGCUUGAGGAACAUUUUCAGGAACGUGAUGUUCUCAAGAAGGAAAAAGAUAAAUUGGAAGAAGAAGUCAAAUGUCUAGAGGAUAUUUCUGAGGAACGAUUGGUAACAACGGAGAAUCUUAGAAACGAAUUACUCAAUGCCCAAAAUCAGCUUCAAGAUUUAGACGGACAAAUCGCAAGAGAUCGUGAGAAAUUGUUAAAAUUGCGAGAAGAUAAAAGGAUUCUUUUGGAUAAGAUAUCCGCAAGCGAAGCUUUAGCUACAGAACGUGGUAGUAGAGCAGAUAGGGCUGAAUCUGCCAUCGAGGAUUUGCAAAUUCGAUUGGCUGCACAUGUCGCACUCGUCGAUUCUGCACAGGAACAGAAUCAACGAUAUGCCAAACAAUUGAAGGUCAGGGAAGAUGAACGAAUGAAAUUGGAGAAACAGUUACGAUCGAGUAUAGAAACGGGGAAAGCUUUAAGCUUACGUUCAAACGUUCUUGAAAAUCAACUGGCCGAUAAAGAAGCUGCCUUGCAUCGUAUCGAAUCAAUAUAUAACGGUCAACUAAUGGAACUAAAUGAAUUGAAGGAACGUUUGAUCAGACAAUCUCAAGAAGGAGGAUGGAGCAGUCGAGUUUUACAAAUUGCUGGAAGCGUUGUUCGUGCGCCACGGGCUAUAUUGCGUACUCUAUCUUUUUUAUCUAGCACUACUGUACCAUCUUAGUUUUUAUCAGGCAAGAAUGGUAUCAGAUUUCAUUAGAAGCAUUUGGAAAAAUUCGCAUUGGACCCUUGACCUUUUCGGACAGAUAUCCUUCGCUGGUAUCACUUCGUGCUAACGAUCCUUUCGGCGUUAAGAGAAAGAGGAGAACCAGAAGGAAAACCGGGGCAUAUGUAUGUCACACAUACUCAUGAUUAUGCAUAAGAGAGUAGUAGGUGUUAUGAAGGUAGGCCAGAUCGAUUCGCUGUUUUCCAUCUCUCUCUCUUUCUCUCUCUCUCUCUCUCUCUCUCUCUCUCUCUCUCUCUCUCUCUCUCUCUCUCUCUGCUUGCAUUCGCUGCAUGCGAUACCGGGUCAGGAUUAUCAAAUUCAAUUUCCAUCUUAAGAUAUCUUUUACUCUUUCGUGUCUGUCAGCUAUCCUUGAAAACGAACUACCAUUAUAUUUCGAAAGUAGAACUUUCGACAUGUGCACUAACAUUGUGUUUACAUCUUCCAACGAAAGAAAUCAAACAAAGUUUCUCGGUGUGUAUAUCUACAUAUGUAAUACGUAUCUGAUCCUACAUCUUAAGCCUUUACAAAACCAUUAGAAUCGUUUGUUGUGUUAGAAAUAGUCGGUAAGGUCUGUAGAAUCGAAUCUUUUAUCUCGUAAUCUGAUUUAAUAUAAUAUAUU